UGUCCCAAGAGCAGGACUGCUGGGGUAAUGAGAUGCGGAUAAGUCUUCCGCUGAGUUGUGCGCUGGCGCCGCGGUCCAAACUCCUCCGGACUCCCCGGUUUCUGCCGCCAGGCAUCUCCUGCUUUCCCCGCGCGCCACCCCUUCCUCCGCCCUAGCCUUGGGAUACCCUUCCGACAGGAAGCAGCUCUUCCAGCCCCAGAACCACCGGGCACUGGGCUUUGCCUGGCUGGCUGCUCCUCUUGUCCGCAGGGGUCCUCUAUGGCUUCACCAGCCUCCACCAACCCAGCACAUACCCACUUCGAGAGCUUUGUGCAGGCACAGCUUUGCCAAGAUGUGCUGAGCAGCUUUCAGGGGCUCUGUGAAGCCUUGGGAGUGGAGUCUGGUGGGGGACUGCCCCUUUACCACAAGAUCAAGGCUCAGCUCAACUACUGGAGUGCCAAGUCACUGUGGGCCAAGUUGGACAAGAGAGCAGGCCAGCCUGUGUACCAGCAAGGCAAGGCCUGUACCAACACCAAGUGCCUAGUAGUAGGUGCUGGGCCUUGUGGACUUCGGGCUGCUGUGGAGCUGGCACUGUUGGGUGCCCGAGUGGUCCUUGUGGAAAAGCGUACCAAGUUCUCUCGGCACAAUGUGCUCCACCUCUGGCCCUUCACUAUCCAUGACCUUCGGGCACUUGGGGCCAAGAAGUUCUAUGGGCGCUUCUGCACUGGUACCCUGGACCAUAUCAGCAUCCGACAGCUUCAGCUGCUUCUGCUGAAGGUAGCGUUACUGUUGGGGGUGGAAAUUCACUGGGGCAUCACGUUCACUGGCCUCCAGCCUCCUCCCAGGAAAGGGAGUGGCUGGCGUGCCCAGCUCCAGCCCAGUCCACCAGUUCAACUGGCCAACUAUGAAUUUGAUGUCCUCAUCUCAGCUGCAGGGGGUAAAUUUGUCCCUGAAGGCUUUACCAUCCGAGAAAUGCGUGGCAAACUGGCCAUCGGCAUCACAGCAAAUUUUGUGAACGGGCGCACGGUGGAGGAGACACAGGUGCCAGAGAUCAGUGGUGUAGCCCGGAUCUACAACCAAAAAUUCUUCCAGAACCUGCUGAAAGCCACAGGUAUUGAUCUGGAGAACAUCGUGUACUAUAAGGAUGAUACCCACUACUUUGUGAUGACAGCCAAGAAACAGUGUCUGCUGCAACUGGGGGUGCUACGCCAGGACUUGCCGGAGACUGAUCAGCUGCUGGGCAGUGCCAAUGUGGUACCCGAGGCUCUGCAGCGCUUUGCCAGGGCGGCUGCUGACUUUGCCACACACGGCAAGCUUGGAAAACUCGAGUUUGCUCACGAUGCUCGUGGGCGGCCCGACGUGGCGGCCUUUGAUUUCACGAGCAUGAUGCGGGCGGAGAGUUCUGCUCGUGUGCAAGAAAAACACGGUGCCCGACUUCUGCUGGGACUGGUGGGGGACUGCCUGGUAGAGCCCUUCUGGCCUCUGGGCACUGGAGUGGCCCGGGGCUUCUUGGCAGCCUUCGAUGCAGCCUGGAUGGUGAAGCGGUGGGCAGAAGGUGCUGGGCCCCUAGACGUGUUGGCUGAACGUGAAAGCUUGUACCAGCUUCUGUCACAAACAUCCCCAGAGAACAUGCAUCGAAAUGUUGCCCAGUAUGAGUUGGACCCCGCCACCCGAUACCCCAACCUGAACCUCCGAGCUGUAACCCCCAAUCAGGUACAAGACCUAUAUGACGUGGUGGACAAGGAGCAUGCCCAGAAGAGUGAUAAGACAGAUUCAGGAAAGACAACCACAGGGUCAGCGGGCACUGAGGAACUUUUACACUGGUGCCAGGAGCAGACAGCAGGGUUUCCUGGAGUUCAUGUCACCAACUUUUCUUCCUCGUGGGCUGAUGGGCUAGCCCUGUGUGCCCUGGUGCACCGCCUACAGCCUGGCCUGCUGGAACCCUCAGAGCUGCAGGGCAUGGAGGCUCUAGAAGCCACUUCCUGGGCACUGAAGGUGGCAGAACACCAGCUGGGCAUCACACCGGUGUUGUCUGCACAGGCAGUAGUUGCGGGCAGUGACCCACUGGGCCUCAUUGCCUACCUCAGCCACUUCCACAGUGCCUUCAAGAACACGCCCCACAGCUCAAGCCUUGUCAGCCAGCCUUCUGGGACCCCCAGUGCUAUACUUUUCCUUGGCAAACUCCAGAGGACGCUACAACGGAGCCGGGCCAAGGUAGAGGAUGAGACCCCAAGUACUGAGGAGCCACCUCUCUCUGAGCCCAGUGUACCUCCAUCACUGCCAUCUGAACAACAGGAGGGUGGGGCAGAGGAUCUGUGCGAACUCUGUGGGAAACACCUCUAUAUCCUGGAACGCCUCAGUGUGGACGGCCGUUUCUUCCACCGGGACUGCUUCCGCUGCCAUUCCUGCGAGGCCACAUUGUGGCCAGGCGGCUAUGGGCAGCAUCUAGGAGACGGUCAUUUCUACUGUCUCCAGCACCUACCCCAGGAGGACCAAGAAGAAGCUGAUAAUGAAGGAAGUACAGAGAUCCAGGAGCUUCCUACACCAGAUGACAAUAGCAUGCAGCCAAGCCCCUUGCCUCCUGCACCCCCUGUGAAGACAGUCAGCCCCCUCCCAAGCCCCAGCCCGCCCGCCCGUCGGCUGAUCCGCCUCUCCAGCUUCGAACGCCUGAAGCUGUCAUCUCUGAACAUCAUCCCUGACUCAGGAAAGGAGCCUCCGCCCAAGCCCCCAAGGAGCUGUGGAGUGUUGGCUCAACAGGCUCUGGAGAGCAGCUUUGUGGGCUGGGGUGUGCCAGUCCAAGCGCCACAAGGAGUUCCUGUGGCCACAGGGAAUGUGGAACAGAGUCCCUUUCCCGGUGAGGAGGAAGAGGAAGAGGAAGAAGAGGAAGAGGAAGAAGUAACCCUGGAACCACAUUUAGAGCAGACUCUGCUGACCUUCACCAAGAACGCGGGCAGCAUGACUAAGUACCCGACGUGGUAUCGGACCCUCAUGCGCCGUGCCAGAGAGGAGGAGAUGAAGAGGUUUUGCAGGGCCCAGGCCAUCCAGCGAAGACUAAAUGAGAUUGAGGCAGCUGUGAGGGAGCUGGAGACUGAAGGCAAGGAGUUGGAGCUGGCCUUGAGGAGAGAGAACAGCUCCCCAGAACAGCAAAAGAAACUCUGGCUAGAGCAGCUGCUACAGCUCAUUCAGAAGAAAAACAGCCUAGUGACUGAGGAAGCUGAGCUCAUGAUCACGGUACAGGAGCUGGACCUGGAAGAGAAGCAGUGGCAGCUGGACCAGGAAUUGCGGGGCUACAUGAACUGUGAAGAAACCCUGAAGACGGAGGCUGAUCGUCAAGCUGAGGACCAGGUCCUGAGGAAGUUGUUGGAUGUGGUGAACCAGCGGGACGCCCUCAUCCGUUUCCAGGAGGAACGGAGGCUCAGUGAGAUGGCUUCAGAGAAAGGGGCCGGGACUUAGAGGAUAGUUAGCUGGCUCCCUGCGCUGUAAGCAAGACGUCACCCA